AUGCCACAUUCAAGUGGAACCCACACAGUAGUCUUCAGCGACACCAAGUUUGGAAGCUCCGACCCUUCCAACCGUUUUUAUUAUCCCGUGCCUCAUCAGGUCGGCACCAACGACGCACGAGCCCAAUUCCCACGUACCUCAGUCGCAAUGUUGCAUAGACCCAACAAGCCAUCGGCUUUGACCGCUACUCCAAACUUGUCUCCUCAACCCCAAGUGACCAUCUCGGACAACUCACGCGUUUCUGCUGUGCUUCCCACCGGAGAGAGUGUUGAUGUUCUACUAUUUGGGGCCACUGUUGUCAGCUGGAAAGACGCUGCCGGGGAUGAGAAGCUGUGGUUAAGCAAGGACACGAGACUCGAUGGGUCGAAAGGAGUUCGAGGAGGUAUUCCUCUCGUUUUCCCGGUAUUCGGACCCGCAAGUCCAGAUCAUCCGCCAACGUCCAGGCUUCCUCAGCAUGGCUUUGCCCGAACCGCUCGAUGGGAAUUCCUGGGAAAAUCCACAAGCGAGGGAUCCAGUUCUAGUGUGAAGCUGGAUUUUGGUCUCUCGUCCGACUCCAUUCCUGACUCCACCAAGACCCUCUGGCCUUACACAUUUGGACUGCUAUACAGCGUUACCUUGGACCGAGAAAGUUUGAACACAGCUUUGGUCAUAACCAAUGAUGGCGAUGAGCCCUUUGAAUGUCAAAUGCUAUUGCAUACAUACUUCCGGGUUAAGGAUAUAUCUACGGUAAAUAUUACCGGUUUAGAGGAAUCCAUGUAUAUCGACAAGGUAGACGGCGCCAAAUCAAAGCAGGAAUCACCGUCGCCCACUUGCUUCACUGCGGAGACGGACCGUAUCUAUACUCUUACCAGAGGGCCAAAGCAUCCGAUUAUCAUUUCCGAUUCGGGCAGCCCUCGUUUCCGCAUCGUGCGAGACAACUUGGACCAAGUCGUUGUGUGGAAUCCCUGGAUAAAUAAGGCUAAGAGCAUAGCUGAUUUUGCACCCAAGGAUGGAUACAAAAAUAUGGUCUGUGUUGAAGCGGGUAGCGUGGGUGGGUGGCUAAAAUUGGAUAAAGGUGAUGCAUUUGAGGGUGCCCAGACCAUUUUACUCACUUGA